AGGGUGACUCUGCCCAAGUGAAGUAAUACAGAAACGAUCAUCUCGUGAUAAUGGAUGUAUUGCCGUUAAAUUUCCGAGUUUUAUGGUUUUGCGGUGCUUGGAGUGAAAAAACCAAUAAUAGUCUUUUCAUUCGUUUUAUAAGUUUCUGCUAUAGAUACGCCAUAGUAAUUUUAAUAUACGAAUUUACGAUAUCUGAAGUAAUUGAACUUGUAAGAACGCACGAUCAUAUCGAGGAUCUAACAGAAGGACUCUUCCUAGCGUUAACUUAUGUAGCUUUAUGCUUUAAGUAUGGAAAUUUUUUGGCGCGACAAGAUGAAGUGUCCAUGUUGCUAGACUGUUUUCGUGGCGAUACGUGUCAACCAAAAAAUUCCAAAGAAGAGAUGAUUCUGCUUAAGUACGAUCGCAAAGUUAAGUGGUGCGUCCGAGCUUUUAUGAGUAUAUCUCAAGCCACUUGUAUAGCUCUUAUACUCGCUCCUAUUGUGGGACCUCAGGAUACCAAUAGACCUUUACCAUUCAAGACAUAUCUGCCAUACUCGAUAACCGGUUUAUAUCCGUAUUUGGCUACGUAUCUUCAGCACGUAGGUGCCAUAUUUUACGGGGUCCUACUCAACGUUUCGUUCGAUUCGCUCGUCUACGGCUUCACUCUUCAUGUUUGCGGGCAAAUCGAGUUACUGUGCUAUCGUCUGUCGGAAAUCUUCAAGGAUCAUCCUGAUAUGGUGCAAUGUCAAUUCGGUUCAGAUAAAGGCGCGAUCAUUAGCGAAUGUGUGAGACAUCACUUACGCGUACACGAGAUCGUACGCAGAAUACAAUCACUAUUUGUAUGGACCGUGAUGAUUUUGUUCAUUUUCAGUAUGGUCACCCUAUGCACCAGUAUUUUCCAAAUGUCCAAGAAGAGGCUUCUCAGCGUUGGAUUUCUCUCACUAAUUUUAUAUCUCGGGAGCAUGUUGUGUCAAGUAUUCUUUUACUGCUGGUACGGAAACGAGUUACAAUUGAAGAGUAAAAACAUCGGCGAAGCUAUUUAUUCGAGCAAUUGGACGAUUGCCACGACACAAGACCGCAGAAGUUUGCUGUUCAUGAUGAUCAUCAGUCAAAAGGGAUUGAAACUCUCUUAUUAUGGCAUUUUUAAUUUGGCCCUUGACACUUUCACCUGGAUUUUGAAAACAUCCUAUUCUGCCUUUAAUGUUCUGCAACAGACGUCAAUAUAGCUAGACCUAAAUUAUAGU